CCCCAUUUUGUUUUUGCAGAAGCCGCAGCUACUCUUCCUGGGGUUUACAAAACUGAUAGACAAGGACAGUCGCACAAAUGUAAAAUACCAGUGGUGGAAGAAGUACCCAAUUGUCACACUUGAGUAAAAGUAAAGAUACCUUAAUAUAAAAUGACUCAAGUGAAGUGAAAGUCACCCAGUAAAAUAAUACUUGAGUAAGUCUAAAAGUAUGGGUUUUAAAUGUACUUAAGUAUAAAUAAUUUCAAAUUCCUUAUUAUGUAAACCAGACAGCACCAUUUUCUUUUUUUCUUAAAUUUACGGAUAGCCAGGGGCACACUCCAAUAAUCAGACAAUUUAGAAAUGAAGCAUUUAUUUAGUGAGUCGGUCAGAUCAUAGGCAUUAGGGGUGACUAGAGUUGUUCUCUUGAUAAGUGUGGGAAAUUAACCAUUUUCUGUCCUGCUAAGCAUUCAAAAGGUAAUGGGUACUUUUGGGUGUCAGGAUAAAUGUAUGGAGUAAAAAGUACAUUAUUUUCUUUUGGGAUGUAGUGAAGUAAAAGUAGUCAAUAUGAAUAGUGAAGUGCAGAUACCUAAAACUACUUAAGUACUUUACACCACUGUAAAAUACGAUAUACAAACGAUAUAAAAAGUUUGACUAUUCAAAUAUACUAUGCUUUAUUUAUACUAUUGUCAAUCGCUGUCCAAUCUGCUGUCCGAGGUCCUGAUUCCUGACUCUCCUGGCUUAAUCUACAUUCGGCGUGGCAAGAUGGUCGACUGACCGCUCAAACAAUUUCGCAAAGGCGAAAGGCUUGCGGCAGGCGAGAACAUUCUAGCCAAUGAGAGUGCAGAGACCCGUGUGAACUGGCACAACUGAUUUUAAAAAAUCGUCGCAAUGUCACGUGCAGUACACAAGUACACUCUUAAUAACUUAAGUAUUAUGAAACUUAUUUGAUCAAAUAAGCCUCACCUAUAAAAUUAGCAAUUAACUUGUAUCUUCACUAGAUUCGACACUCAUUGCUGCCCCCUCCCCCAUACAAAAACUCACUUGGUCUGCUUAAACGCUUAUUUUCACGCGGACAUAUUUUGGGCGGAGUCGACAUUCGCUUCGCUCUGGUUCACCAACUUCAGCUCCCCCUUAAUUUUCUCUUAGGAGGGCCCACAAGUGUAGAUUUAUCCGACAGCCAAUCAUGUACUUCUCACAGCGUGACACUGUGGGGCAGGGGGAAGACUACGGAAUCCAUUUGGGACAAGACCAUAGAGAAUGAUAGAGGCCUCUAAGUGGCCCAAAAUAUUUAUUAGGAUGGGAAGUGCCAUUGAGGGCUUCCACCAUUGUAAUGAAGUCAACUGGGUGGGACUUACAACUUCAUUGAAUGAUCCCGCCUGGGGACCCUGUUAGCGUCAUGUCCAACCGGGUCAUCAGGACGGAUCAGCCAAUCAUGAAGGAAAUGUACUACUUCAAAAUUGAGAUUGAAAGAAUCGGCAGGGCAGGCAGACGCUAUAAUGGCACAAAUACAAAGAUGAGUCCUCUAUCUAGCUUUAUGGACGAGACAAUAGGUGCAAGGUCAAAGAGUAAUUUGCAUGGUUUGAGUCGAGUUUUCUGUGAAAAUGGCAUCAGCGGCGUUUAAAGAAGCCCAAUCGCUCUUUACUCCCGUGACGGUUUAUUCUCUGCUGGCCUGCGCCGCUCAAUUCGCAGUGGGAUACAUCCUCGCGCAGAUAUGGGGAAGAAAAUGCUCUGGAACUGAUAGAUGGGUGCUCGUGUGGCUUUUCUACGACGCAAUUGUUCACAUUACCUUGGAAGGACCCUUUGUUUACAUGUCACUUGUUGGAACCGUGGCAACUUCAGACAAUAUUUUUGCUGAACUUUGGAAGGAGUAUGGAAAGGCAGAUGAGCGCUGGCUCCACUCUGACCCCACCAUCGUCUCCUUGGAGCUGCUGACGGUGGUCCUGGACGGCAUCCUGGCGCUGGUGCUUGUCUAUGCCAUCGUCAAGGACAAACACUACAGGCACUUUGUCCAGAUCACGUUGUGUGUGUGUGAGUUGUACGGAGGCUGGAUGACCUUUUGUCCAGACUGGCUGGCAGGCAGCCCCAACCUCAACACAGACCACUGGCUCUACUUAUGGAUCUACCUGGUCUUCUUCAAUGGGGUGUGGGUGGUGGUGCCUGGACUGCUGCUGUGGCAAUCAUGGCUGUCACUCAAACGACUUCACCAAGCCCCGAAGAAGCAGAAAUAGACAUUAUUUUGUAUGUACAUAAUAGGCAUUAGUAAACCCACUACACAGAAAGCCUGGCUACACACAAAUAAUAAUGCCAUUUAACAGACAGACAUUUACAUUAGGUUUAGCAUGUUUUAUUAGUUUAUCAUUAAUAUAAAUAAAGUUAUGGAUCUGCAAACAA